AUUCCUUUUCAGGAACUCCGUGAAUUAAAGUUUCAUUUCCAAACGUUUAAUUAGCUGUGAAGCAGAUCUUUUCUCUGAAGCUGGACCGUUUCUGUAGGUUUUUUUGCGUUUGGAGGACAUUUUGAUGAGAUGCUGCUGGGAUUAUUUCCACUGGUGUUUUUUUGUUGUGACGCCAUGUCUCAUCCACGCAGCAUCACGGACAGGAUGAGACCGGAUCCUCUGCACACAGCCAGUGAUCAGUGGAUCUGCACUCAGCUGCUGGUCCUGCUUCUUCACUGCGUGUUGGACAUGUUUCCAUGAAGAUCUGGGGAUUUUUAAGACUAAGGGAACUUUUUGUGGCUACAACUGUUCUGAACUAGAAUCAUGAACUUCCAUUAACGGAACAUAUGUCGGCAGAGGCGAAAGUUUAUCUGUGAAGAACGUUUCCCUUCAUCCACAGACGCGUUGACGCAUCCACGGUGGCUCUUGGAGACAGUGCGUGGUUGUGCGUGUUUCUGCGUCUGGUUCCCUCAGAUCCAUCAGACUGUGGCUAAAACAGCUUGUUUCAGCUUAGAGUCCGAUGUUCGGUUCCACCUCCUCCGGCUGAAAGCUAAGCAUCUCCGCCGCCGCCCGCCACCCGGUGCGCCCUGCAGUGGGAGAAGCCAUGAGACCACCCAAAAACUAAUGUGACGGCUGGUUGAUGGGGAGGAUUUCGAAUGUCAGCCGGGACAGUGGUCAUCGCAGGAGGAAUUCUGGCUACAGUCAUCUUACUGACCAUCGUCGCUGUGUUGUGUUUAUGUAGGUUGCAGUAUUACUGCUGUAAGCCAGAGGAGUCUGAGAAGGGGGAAGACGAGGAACCAGAACUCUCCACCAUGUCGCCCUCUCGACCCCUGGCUUUGUGUGCUCCUCCCACGCCUCCAACGACGGAUCACUACAGCGAUGAUCCCGAAAUGUACCCCCCUACCUUCCUCACAGAGGCCAACGGGCCUUCCAGCUACUCCCCUCCACCUCCACCGCGCAGGUGCCAGCGUGUGCACGCCUUCUGCCCGUCCUGCGCCCGCUGCUCUCUGCCCUUCUACCUGCAGCACCCGGAGCGACUGUACAACGGAGGCCGCAGGAUCAGCUACCGGACUGUGCAGCAGCAGGACCUGGAGCUGCCCGCCGACCUCGACAGCUUCUACCAGAAACUGAUCCGCUCCUACACCAUGAAGGAGGUGGUGACCCACAGCGUGAGCACCGACGUCUAGCUGCUGCUGUCUAAACAAGCUGUGGUUGCAGAGAUAACAACUCUAGGCCCUUUAUCUGAACCAGUGUCUGCAGCUGGAAACAGCUGGACCAGUUUUUGAAGAGAACAUGUUUGUCAAACUCUAAAUGAUCAUGUAUGACCAGUAAAUCUUAAUCUGUGUUAGCUAGAUAGCCAAAUGAGUGGCUUACUAAUGUCUCUUUGUGACUUAAAAUAUAAACAUUCAUAAUUUAAACUUAUCAGUAGAUAAUAAAUUAAUAAGAACUAAUUCAGAUAAUAAAAAAACAAAAUAAUUCUGAUAAUGUUUUAUGUAUGUUGGUGAAUAGAUUUCCAUUAUAUGCUGAUAAAAAAAACACAUUAUAAUGUAUGUUUAGCUGUAAAUCCUGUAUUUUACUGUCCCUGUAUGUGAUGGAGAUCCACUGUUGUUUAAAAUAUUGAACUUUCCUCACUGAGCUUCAUUAGCCAACAUUUUACUUUGAGUUUGUUGUCACUUAAACUCAUAAAAACAAAUAAUGUGGAUUAAUCUAGUGUGCAUGGUUGUUUGUGUGUUGCCCUGCGAUGGACUGGUGACCUGUCCAGGGUGUACUCCACCUCUCGCCCAUAAACUGCUGGAGAUAGGCACCAGCUCCCCCGUGACCCACUAUGGAAUAAGCGGUAGAAAAUGACUGGCUGACUGACUAAUCUAGUCAUCAAAAUAGUGUGUUUAAGAUGUUUUCCCCUCAAUAAGUCAGUUUUAGUUCUCAGUUAUUUUUCAGGGACAGUAAAACAUUAAUUAAUAUGACUGUAAAUGAAAUAGGUUGGCCCAACCUUUUAGAGGUGCUUAUUAAACCAGAAACCAUCCUUGUGGGGACUGAAAUGGUUGAUAGCAGAACAGAAACUUUACACAAAAAAAUUACAAAUUAAGUGCAACUCUUCUAGAACUUGUCUGAUGACUUUGUUGAAAAUGUGUUGUUAAAAAUGUGUUUUUGUUUGAAAUAAAUUAUUUUGUUCUCUUUGGAAGUUGCUAGCAUGCAAAGCAGGGAUGGCAAGCAAUGACCGAUCAGCAGCAAAGAACCACAGUAUUGUAAUUCUGCCAAAUUAAUUAAAAUGUUCUUGGUUGUUGCUGCACUGCAGAGAAUACAAGGAAAUACAUUUCCCCAAAUACAACAGAAUUUAUUGUUAUUUUUCUCAUUCAUAAACAAACUAGUCUUGAGACUGCAGCACAGCUGGCUGCUGCAGGAAGUUAGAAAAAGUAGCAGUUUGAAUCUUUAUUGGUCCCAAUCUGCUAAUUAAUUUUGAUGUUCUCUAACAAACCCCUGAAGCCUUGACAGUUUUCUGCAUUGAUACUGAGAUUAUUUUACACAUGUCGACUGUAUUUACUAAUUAUGUGACUUAUGAAGGCAGCUGGUUGUACUGGAUUUUAUUUAUGGGGCAGAAUGCAAAUGCACAUCACAAUGUGUGGGCCAUGUCUCAUUUUCCUUCCAGUUCAUACAUUGUGUUGGUCUAUUACAUAAAAUACUAAUAAAGUACAUUGAAGUUU